AUGCAGUCUACAAUGAAUUUUAACGGGCUUCAACGGCAGGCCAGCCAAGAGAAUUACAUUCUGGACAACACUCUACGGAAGAAAAGCUCUCUGUGGUACCGGCGUUCACUGAGGGGAAAGAAUGAUCGACACCGGCAGAACUCUGAAACCCUGCCUAGAAGUUGCAAGCCUAAACUGACCCACUCCAACUCACUGGUUGAUUACAUGGACCCACAAAGGACCCCAAUUAUUCUGGAAAAACAAGACAACGAAACUUUUGGCUUUGAAAUUCAUACUUAUGGCUUGCAGCUGAGAAACACUUCUGCAGUGGAGCUGUGCACCUUUGUGUGCAAGGUACAGGAGGACAGCGUGGCUGAGAGCGCUGGCCUGACCGCAGGAGAUAUUAUCGUCACCAUCAACGGGGUCAGCAUCGAGGGCCUUUCUCAUCAGCAUAUACUGGAACUGAUAAAAGAGUCAACCAACAGUCUGCGGAUUGAGACUGUGUGUGGGAAUGUUGUGAAGCAGAUUGAACUGGAAAAGAGACUGAACCUGCUCCAGCUGUCGCUGCGUGAGAAGUGGAUGGAGCUUGAGGCGCUCACUUUACAAGAAAAGCGUCUUCUGCGAGGUGGCUUAGACGACAGCAGCCUCCGCCUGCUGAUGGACUCUUCGGCAGCUCUGCGUUCCCCCAUUGGCCGCUGUGGCCGGCGCUUUUCCAGCGACAGCAGCUACAGGAGUGCAACGACGGACGACAGUGAUCAGGCCAGCGUGUUUGGAGACCUGAGCUCGCCCAGCCCUUACAGUGCAGCCAGCACCACAGAUGAUGGCUGCUUCUUCUCUAAAGACUUCCCCUCGCAGGACGGCUCCAGGAGCUUCUCAUCGAGCUCAAGCCAUCCUCAUCAAGCCCUCAGCCGCUCCAGCAGCUCCAGCCUGGCUGGCAGCAGCAGCUCGCUGUCUCCCUCUUGGGAGGAAAUGCGAACCUCAUCCUUGUUUGGGACUCUGCCCAGGAAAAGUAGGAGGGCCAGCGUGCGCAAACACAUCUUCAAGUUAAUUCCUGGACUCCAAAGAUCAGUUGAAGAAGAAGAGUUGGGUACAGCUGCUCACUGA